AUGGAGAUAAGGAAUGGGACGACUGUUCAGGAGUUCACUCUGGAGGGCUUUCCUGAGGUCCGGCACCUGGGGAAGGUCCUCUUCCUACUGCAUCUGCUGGCCUACUUAGCUUCUGUCAUGGGGAACUCGCUUAUCAUCACAGUCACGUGGGCUGACCGACACCUCCACACACCUAUGUAUUUCUUCCUCAGCACUUUCUCCUUCUGUGAAAGCGGUUUCAUCACCACAGUUAUUCCUAAGCUGCUGACCAUUUUUCUUUUAGGACAGCAAGCAAUUCAUUUCACUUCUUGUCUCACACAGGCCUUUUCUUUUUUGUUUCUUGGAUCAACAAUUUUCUUCCUCAUGGCUGUGAUGUCCUUGGAUCGAUACUUGGCCAUUUGCAGGCCUCUCCAAUACUCGGCCAUCAUGAGCCUGAGGGUCUGCUUCUUUCUGAUUUUCUUCUGCUAUAUUUUGUCCUUCGGUCUUAUCACUGGGCUUGUCCUACAGGUUUCCCAAUUGUCCUUCUGUGGCCCCAAUGUCAUCCCUCACUUCUUCUGUGACCUUGGCUCUCUGAUCCAUCUCUCCUGUUCUGACCCAAGAUCUACAGAAAUGCUGACUUUUGGCCUAGCUUUAUUUAUCCUGCUUACUUCCCUCCUUAUAACCAUCAUAGCCUACAGCAACAUAGCAGUCACAAUCAUGGGCCUCCCAUCAGCCAAGGAGAGGCAGAAAGCCUUCUCUACCUGCUCCUCUCACCUUGCUGUCCUCUCUCUGAUGUAUGGCAGCUGCAUCUUCAUCUACAUUAAGCCAAAGCAAACGAGCAGGCUGGACUCCAACCGAGAGGCUGCUCUGGUGAACACGGUGGUGACUCCAUUGCUGAACCCUGUCAUCUACACCCUGCGCAACAAGCAGGUGCACCAGGCACUGAGAGACAUGCUGUCCAGGGUAAAGUUGCAGAAAUAG